GAGAAACCCAUUCACUCGAUUCAAAACGGAUAUACCGAACGUUUCAGCCAGUCAGUCGCUUUUUGUUUGUGGUACGUAAGUUACUCUGCCUCGUGCUAGUCGAACAGUUUUCUCCACAAAUUUGCUCAUUAUUUUGUUUCCUUUUAACUGGAAAAAUUAGUUUUCACUUUAAGUGCAUUCGGUGAGUCAAAUUGCUGGUUUAGACCAAAAAGUUGACGCAAAUCGCGCAAGGUGUUGUGAUAACACAGUGAAAAUGUGUGUGAAGACUGUGAGGUGGUCAUUGUUUUGCUGAUAUCACAUCAAUGAGAAUUUGGACAAAUUCAUCAGUCAUUCUACGCAGGUCUGAACGGAACAAUGAAUGGCACAAAUCCGAGCCCCAACAAUAAAGCGGAUGAAGUCAGACCCCACAGUUAUCCUAGUGAAAAAACCAAAGAAACUAAUGGAAAGUGCUUAUAUGGGAACAAUAAUGGAUCAGUUCAAAUCAGAUUAGACGAGCAGCCGCUUAGUCACACACAAACAAUAAGCCUAAUGACUACCGUGCCGCAAAACAUCGCCUGCCGAAGCUUAGGAGACAAACACACUCCUACUAGAAACAGUCUGAGGCACAGCCGUAUGAUUGUUAUGAAUAGGAAUGGAAGAAUACCCAAAAAAUACCUACCAUUUGUGAUAAAGCACUACAAACUAGUCAAGACCAUGAAGGUCCUAACGAUAGUUAUAGGAAUCGUUAUGUGUAUGAUAUCGGCCUGGUUGGCUUUAUGGAGUCCUACACUAAAUGCAAUCGACUUCCCUUAUUGGAGUGCUGCGCCUGUUUUCUGCUCCGGCGUGGUUGGCUGUUUCUUUCUCGGAUUCUGUCCCAGACCGUACCCUGGCCGGACACUCGCUUGCCACUACCACGUCACAAAGCUUAUCAGUAUCUCCACUACCAGUAUAUCAAUUGUAGCAUCAGCCGUAGUCUUGACGUGCUGCAUCACCCAUCUGGUGUACCUUCAGAGCGCUUCCUGCAGUCCACACGAUAAGCUUAACACGACUUGCGUGUGUUCACUCGUCAACACAACCAGCAUAGUUUUCAACCAAAGUUACCACUACGAGGACUUUACCUGCGAAGAGGUGGACUGUUUCCUCAAAGGCGUCAUUGCCACUUCUUUGGUCUUAAACAUCUUAGCCAUCGUUUUAGAGGCGAUGUACUUGUGCGUGCAUUGGAUCACCAGUAGAAAGUAUGUAUAUAGUAAAGUGCCUUUGACCGAAACGGCUCAGGUGCAGGAAAGAUGACCAAAAUUGAUUUAAACUAGACUUAACUGUUUGUAAGUGUGACCAAAGCUGUAAUGAGCGGCUAUUCAACAUGGCAGUGUGGACGGUUUAUUUUAUGAAAACGCCAUGUAUAUGACCUCCUGAUUGCCCAACUUUUUCCUAAUUUAACUGACUUCCUAUCUUUUACGGUUUCGGAGAUCCACAUGCAAUGCAUCCUCAUUUUGGACGCCCUGUAUAUACGUUCUAUAUGGUUGGGAAGGACUCGUUUUGAAAACUGUUUUGUUGGGUUUCACUGCGAAAGUUUCUGGACAAUGCUGAAAAAAAAAGAAAAUGUGUUUAAUAGAGUUAAUUUUUUUAUAUCUGCCCAAAGCCAUGUUAUUGAAAAUCAGCUAAACAAAAACAGAAAAAUAUAAAGAAUCCAUAAAACUUCAGUUGCGUUUCGAAAAACCAAACUCAGUUCAAACUAAAGGAUUUAUAGAUUAGAAAUAAUUCUUCCAUCCUCCAUUUUUGACCCAUUAAUCGUCAAAAAGCUCACACUACACUUGAUAUCACACAAUGAAAAUCUACUUAGAUAAUAAUAUAUAGUCAUUUUAGCCAAAAUAAAGAUUGUUAUAUCAUGUCAAUAAUGGUUAGCAAUUAAUCAAUUAAGAUAUAUAUAAGAUUGUAAAAUUAAGUUAUUGUCUAGCAAAAUGUGUGUAACUUGUAUGAAUCACAUGCAAUUAACAUAUAAGAACUCGUCAGUUAUCUACAGAUAUGUUUUUAAGAUUGGGCUAGUGUUGUCAAAAGCGUUAUUAACUAAAAUGAAAAAGUAUUUACUGAAAAUAUAGACAUUACACACACCCAUGCUCGAAGUAAUUAAUAUUUAACCUGUUUAAACAAAAGUUUACCUUAGGAAAUCGUAUAAGGACGAUUGGGAAUUCAAUUUUGUUGCCCCCUUUGCCUGAAAGUCAAUUUAAAUAUUACACAAGUAUAUAGUAGUUUAUCAGAACUCGGAGACGAAUUAGGUCCAUCGCUGUAGUGAACAGGAGUAUCUGUAAAUGUUAGAAGUAUAAGCACCAGACCAGUAUUAGCGUUUUAAUCGUAUUUUUUAUAUAGUGUGAUGAAACUAAAAUAAAAUACUUAG